AUGGCCUGUUUUGGUCUUUGUUCUGCAAAAUAUCCACUACACAAGCUCCCUGGUUGGGCUGUCGACAGUGUUGGAUAUCAUGCUGAUGAUGGGAGGUUGUAUAAAGCCCGUCCAAGAGGAGUUGUAUUUGGCCCAAGAUGUGGUGCUGGUGAUCGAAUGGGUUGUGGUGUAAAGUUUGAUCAGAUUUCUCCAGAGAAUGACCAGACUUCUGUACCUGUCUUUUUUACAAAAAAUGGGAAAGAGGUGGGAUCCGUGAUGGUUAGAGUUCCACCAGGAGGAUUGUAUCCAUGUGUGGGAUUAGCAGCAGCUGGCGAUGCUGUUAGACUCUCUCCGCAGAUCCUGUGGCCUCCUGAUGAAGAUACGCACAUGUCUGUUGAUUCAGUUGAAGAAGAGUGGUUGAGGCUGCAUGAUAUCAGAUUGAAUGGACAGAUGUUGGAAUAUUGUGGAAGAGGAAAGUCUCUCGUUGACGUAGGUUUAGCACAGGCUCGAGUGCCAUUAAACACAACUUCACACUAUUUUGAAAUGGAAAUAGUUGAUCCAGGAAGAUCAGGAUAUAUAACCAUUGGGCUUACUAGAAAGGAAUACCCUCAAAAUCGACAUCCUGGAUGGAAUAGAGGGAGUAUAGCAUAUCAUGCAGACGAUGGUAGAGUCUUCACGGGUAGUACGGUUGGUUCGUUAUUUGGUCCUAGAUGCCAUAAAGGUGAUGUCAUGGGAUGUGGCAUAAUAUUUCCUCGGGAUUAUGUAUGCAAUUAUGAUAGUGAAGGUGGUAGUAUGGAGGAGGAGAGCCCUGAAGCUUUAGAGUGUGAUGAUUUAUUAGAACAUUUACUUCACUACCCUCAACCAGCAUUACCACCGGUUCUUUCACCUCACUACCCACAUCGGCAUAGACAUAGACGUCACAAUUUCAUCCACACAGACUCAGAAGAUGAUGACGAAGAGGAAGAGGAGGAGGAAGAGGAGAACUCUUUGCAACCAUCAUGCCGUCAUCCUGUUGGCGGAAAAGUUCAGGUUUUUUUCACCCGAAAUGGUCAAAUGAUUGGACGACGAGAAGUUGCACUACCCCGAGGUGGUUUCUUCCCUAGCAUCAGCAUGGGUAGCUUGGAUGAAAGGGUGAGAGUAGAUCUGAGACCUCUAUCUGGUUAGAAAGUUUUUGGUAUGUUAUCAUUUAUGAAAUGUUCCGUAAGUCAUUGUGUGGUGACUCACGAUGUAGGGCUUGUGAAGUUUUUAUUCACGCAGUCGCACGAAGAUGAGGUCUUCAUGGUCAUGAAGGAGUGAUAUGAAGUAGAGGUAUUUAUAUAUAUUUAUGAACAGUGUUUUUCCAUAGUUAUUUUGUGUACCUUAUAUGUUGAAUUUUAUGUGAUACAUGUUAUAGCAGUGGCUGAAGAGCUUUUUAUAUUGAAUAUUAUACAAUAAUUUAUUUAUUUUUCUGUAUACGUACAUAGUACAGUAGUACUUAGUUUAGCAAUAUUGAAAGGCGCAAUAUUAAUUGCUGGAUGUUACUGUUCUGAGAUUAAUCAUUAUCUAAUCAUUUCAUGAAGUUACCUCUGUUGUUCCCCCUUCUUGUAGUGAUUUCAUUUACCAAUGAAAUAAGAAAAGGCCAUAAAUUUUUUAUUUUGGUUUGUAAAUUC